GUAGUGAGAAACUCUAUGCAUCCAUCAAUCGGCGGUUUUGGUUUAGCGUCUGGAGGAGAGUGGUAUUCGUGGCAGUGUUUGCGUGUGUGCUGUAAAAUAGUUAAAUAUAACGAUGAGUGCUACGAGUGACCCUGUACGAGAGCGUCGACUGAAUAAUGCCGAGGCUAUGCGACGAAGGCGUGCAGUCGAAACAGACGCGCAAAGGCGGCGCCGUUUGGCAGCUGUAGCAGAGAGAAGGACGCGUCGGCAGCGCGCAGUCGAACCGUACGAGGAGCAGCAAGUGCGUUUGGCCGGCGCAGCUAAAGCGAGGCGUCGGAAGCGUAAAGCGGAGUCUCGUAAAGAACGACAACAUCGUUUAGCCGCUGAUGCCGAAGUGAAGCGGCAAGAGGAGGCGACGAGGCGGGAAGCAGAACGUGCGGUGGAAGCGGUGCGGAUGCGCUGGGAGCAGCUGUUACUGACGGUCAAGAAUAGACAAGAGCAGCAGCACAGAGCCGACGCCGAGCUGAGACCCCGAAGAGGUUGCUCUCCUCCACGGCCCAAACAUUGCAUGUCGUUGCAGUUUGAGCAUUGGGACCCCGUAGUCGCUAUUGCCUGCAACGAACAGCGCCUCGCUCUGCAAGUGUUGCUUGCUGCCAGGGACCGACCAACAGGCUUCUGCGUUUCUGCUGGGCUGUUGUGCGACAACCAGGAACACUGUGGGACAUCCGUGUCCGUCGGCGAGCAUUCCGAAGCCGAUGAGCAGGCAAACUCCUGGGACGGUGUCAACACUGCAGCGACCGUCACGAGUGGAUACGGCAUCUCCCAUAGCAGCAAGGUUAUGAGGCAGAAUGUUGCCAACUGGCGUACGCACAAGUCAGUGGCUGCAGGAUCCACCACAGUAAUGCAAGGAGACGCUGCCGCACAAUGCGACCGGAGAGCAGAUGUUGCUGUCCAGUCCACAUGGUGUAAGGAGGGCGUGUCCAAAUCAACACAGGCUGAGUUAUUCACUCUGAAGGUCUCCAGGUGGACGCAGUCCAAUGAUCUCGAAGAAAGCUACAGUACCUCUCCACUGCUGGAACAGCCAAGCAAAGCAAUGCCUUUAGUCCUGAGCAACUCAAGGAGAAGCGACCAUGGAGUCCUGCAAGAAGCAAAUGUUGAUGGUGUCAUAGAAGGUGACAGCAGAUUCAGUGCGGACACUGGUGCAGCUCGCAGUGAAGAGAGAGCAAGCUCUCUCACAGUUAAUGCAGGGUCACCAUUUGUUGCCUAUAGCUGCAGACUUUGCUCACUCAAGUUCAGCGAGCUGGACGCCUUGGCCUCCCACGUAAAGACGUGCCCGUGGCCAGAGCCAUUCCAGUGCAGCCUGUGUUUGCAGACGUGUUUGGACUGGAGUGCGACCCGGCGUCACCUUGCUUCUCACAUCAACAGAGCCACACCAAAGUGCCCGUUUUGUGAGCAGAGCCUUGAUUGUAGGAGCUGGACCAUCAUGAGGCACAUGCAGCGGCACCACGUGCAUGUCAAGGCGUUCAUGUGCAACUUCUGCUGGGGCACAUUUGUGAUGAAGCAGGACAUUCUCACACAUACCCGUCGGUGUCGUGCAAGGGUGAUCGAGCUCGACAAGUGCUUGAGCUCAACCAAAAAAUGCAACUCACAGGCUCACAUUUACCCACACUUGUACAAGUGUUCCAUUUGCUUGGUCACAUUUGCAGAUGUCUCAGCAGUGGCGAGUCACAUGCAAGUUCACGUGAAUGAAAUGCAACACAGUCAAGCAGAUAGAGUUAUAGAGAAGGAUCCCUCUGAUUGCAGUGGGCAGCAGUCAGUGGCAACAGGAUCCACCAAAGUCAUGCAAGGAGAUGCAUCUACACAGUGUGACUUUAGAACAGACAUUGCUGUCAAAUCCAUGUUGGCCGAUGGCAUCUCUAAAGCGACAGAAGCUGAAUUGUGCACUCCAAAGAUAUCCAAGUGGACACAGUCCGAAGAUCUGAAAGUCUGCAAUGACGAGUCCUCAUUGCUGGAACUGACACUGCCAAACGAAGGAAUGCCUCUGGUGCUGAGAAAUUCAAGGAGGACCAGCAGUGGAAUGCUGGAACACUCAGAACUUGAUUAUGUCGCAGGAGGUGACUGUGUACUCAAAGUGACAACCAACCCACCUUGCAGUGAAGAGAGACAAGGCUCUGCCACAGUCAAUGCAGGGUCAGUAGUCACCGCCUAUGCCUGUGGACUUUGCUCAAGAAAGUUCCAGGGCCUGGAUUCUUUGACUUGCCAUGUACUGACAUGCCUAUGGCCGGAGCCUUUCCAGUGCAGCCUGUGCUCACGGAGAUGUGUGAACUGGAGCGUAGCGCGGGACCACCUUCUCACUUCUCACGUGAACAGAGCCACAGCAAAGUGCCAAUUCUGCAAGCAACCUCUUAAUCUCAGGACGGAUUGCAUCGUGACGCACAUGCUGCGGCUGCACGUGGGCGUGAAGCUGUUCAUGUGCAAUUUGUGCAAGGCCACUUUUUACGGCAGGCACAGCUUGCUUCUGCACCUUCGUCGACGGCACGAAUGCGGGAUGACGCACGAGUGCGAUUGGUGUGCGAGCUCGUUUGCCGACAAACGUGAUUUGCAGGCCCACAUUCUCCAGCACUUGAGUGCGUGGCCGUACAAGUGUCAUAUUUGCCUGGCCACAUUUGUGGAGAAGUCGGACAUUGCUAGUCACAUGCGUGAUCACAAAAAUGGGAGGUGUUAGUGUGCCUUGCAGUUUUGCAAGAUUCCCCAAUGAGCUAGGUGGCUGCUGGCCUCGCACGUUUCGAAUGCUUGGAGCUUGUGGCAAGCUUCCAGGUGUGUGAACAGCCUGCAGGCUUGUGUACUUUCAGCUCUCUCGUAUGUGGUGUAGUGGCACCUUGUGAAACCAUGUGAAUGUCAUUAAAAAGAAGCUUUACCACAGGUCCUACUCCAGUUUCCCUACUCAAAUACAUGCAAAGCAGAGCCGUGCUCUUGUUAGACAACUCCGUAGCAGCAUCAAAUGCAGAUAAUGCAGUUCUGUAGAUUGCAUCUGUUAGAGCACCUCAAGUGGACAGAUGUGAUCUGCAAGUUUGCAUGAAAUUGUUGCAAUGUUAACAAGGGUUUCAUAGAAGUCCUACUCACAAAUCACUGGCAUGUAUCACAGAAUGGUGUAUGUAUAACGUAAUUACUAGUGUAAUACCUCCACUUCUCCUUUCAGAUUUAUUUUAGGGUGCCCGCUUUACAUAAGCCUGCCUCGUGUAAGGUGGGCUUACAACUACUCACUGAAUCCUUGAACUGUACUCAGAGUGCUAUGCAAAAAAUUUGGAGGACGCUUAAGCAUGACCUUUAACAGUGGAAUGCGAUAGCAUUCAGAGAUCCCCCAACUACUUCUCACACUUCGUGGCAACUACACCUUAUGUAACCAUUGUAAUAUUUUCCUGGAAACGCUGGUAGUGAACGCUAUGCAUGAAGGCGAGCGUUUUGGUUCAGUCUGGAUGGUGUAGCAAGGAACCGAGCAGGGCGUGCCACUCCUACUAAGAAAGACCUCAAACGGCAGCUGGAGAAGGGGCUUGUGUUUGAGUUUCUACGCAACAGAAUUAUGUUUUCUUGUAUAGUAAAAUAACAAUCCGACACUAUCAUGUCUGGCAGUUGUGUGUGAGUCGUACUUUAUGAAUUAUGCACCACGCGGAGGGCCUGCGUGGACUGGAAUGCGUGGUUCGAGAUGAUUUUUCUCACACGGACAACGUCGCUGGUGCCUUUAAUUCUUUAAUGACUUUAAUUCAGUGUUCCUUGUCGCGUCUGCUGCCCUCAUUGUUUGACGAUCUUGCCUCAGCAGUGCAUACCCAAAGCUGGUGGUCCUUCAUGCCUUCUGUUACUAUUUCACAUUCCCAUCACUUUGAAGCUCUUGAUGUGUCUCAGUCAGAACCAUAUACCACAUGUUCAAUAUCCAUGCCCACCCUUCUUGCAGGAAUUCCCUCUCAGUACGCCUGAAAGCAUGAUGCAGGUAAACAAUGCACUUCAGCACAGUCAAUAUCAUUGAGGCAUUCUGGAUAAUCCAUGAUCACAAUCUUGUGGGAAAGAAUGACACGGCUAUUGUUAUAAGCACAGUAAUGAGUGCCAUAUAGUAGAGCUCGCAGAAAUCCACCACCAUGUGUCUUCUCUGGACCGAAAUAAAGUUAUUUUACUCACUCA